UCGUUCAGACACCAUGUACACCGAUAAAUAGACGAAUUCUUAAUAUAGCCAUCACUUUGCAAGCGAAUGUUUCAGAUUUCUUUUUUAAGUGUAAACGCUGGCUGGUGCCGAGCUCCGAACAGCGUUAGAAGCUGCGAUAGCUCUGUUUCUCUAAUUACGGCCACUUCCUAAAGUAGCUCAGGAAGCAAGCCUGGCUGUCGGGUCGGUCAUCUCUCACCGGGAGGUCAAAGCUGCAAUUAGAGCUCGCCUUUCUUAAUGUUAAGCAGUACAAAUUAUAUGAAGCAGCAUUGCAUGAUAAGAGCGCAGUUUAAUGCACGGACAGCGACACGUAGACCAAACUCCCGCAUGACACAAGAUCUUUCAACGUUCGCUGAUCUUUCCUCAUGUCGUUAGUCUUCCGCCGUGAAGCCACUUCCUCCCCGUGUCCUACCAGUGAGCGGCAGGGUGUUGCAUGCAUAUUGGGAAAAAAAAGUCUUAUUUCGCUCCCGAUACUAAAUUAGGUUCUGUCCUUACGUCAGAGUUCAUUGAGAGUGGGCGAGAGCGUCCUCUGUACGUAAUGCCUGGUUCAGAAGGAAUCCGAAUGGGAAACCAGAGUUACUUCAAAACUCCAGGGCAGAAGCUGAUUAUUUUUUUAACCACAGUUACUGACAGUCACUCACAUGCGCUCGAACCCAAGAGAGUCGGCAAACUUCUAAACGUGGAUGUGGAGCGACCUGAGGAGUUAUUUUAAAUGCUACAGAACCAUUUUUUUUAAGGAAUACGUUUUCACUUGAGUUUUGCAAAGAGGCGUUUUGUUUGCGUUUUGCGCAAGAACUUUGGGGAUUACAUUGCAGGACCACAGCCCAGGAUUAAGUGAAAAUCUUAUUCAGGAAAAAGGCGAAAUCGUCCGGAGUGCAACAUGGAGCGCAUUUGGUUGGAGAUUUGCAUCACCAUACUGAUAGUUCUGGGGCUCUCUGUGCCGAGCGAGUCUCAGAGGGAUUUUCGCGGGAGGUCUGCACAGUUGUGGGGACUCAGGACCGGACACAGGGUCUCCAACCUGACAGUGAAUAAUGUGAGGUUAUCUGACCACACCGCAACAUUGAGGGGGCAGAGAAAUCCGGAGAGAAAUCCCGCUUCGUCCCGGCUGCCAUCCGAUGCUCAUAUGCCUGUUUUAUACCGGGCAGUGAGCCAAAUGAACACUGGCAAAAGCGAUGCCCGGGAGACUAGCACUCGCCGUGCCCAGGUAAACGGACAGAUUGCAGCCGGGACUGGACGCACAGCUCACAACCCGCCGAAUUAUAAUCCCGUUACGCCCCGGAGAAUCAGUCCUGUCUCAGUCAGGGCGAGUCGCCCUAUUACAUCCAGAAUCCGCGCUCUAUCAUCGCGGGAGAGAAGCCGAUCACACCUCGGGGUCGCCCAGGGUGAUAGGCAUACACCAUGGUGGCCGGGUCACACCGGCUUCUCCGCCAGAAACAGUGGUUUUAUUUCCGAUGCCAGCAGCAGCUCAGUCUCACUGCGAGGGGCGAACCCCGUUUCACCUGUGCGGGCCAGCAUGUUGGCUUCAGGUGCUUCGAGAACCCGACUGGCGGCCGGCGCUUCUCAGUCGCGGAGAAGGCAGUUUGCCAGGCAGAACCAAGGGAGACGUGCGCCGAGCAGGAGAUUGAUAGGGCCUAAUGCUUGUGGAAAACAAUGUUGUUCUGGAUGGAGUGUGAGCCAAAGUACAAACCGAUGUAUGAAACCUGUAUGUGACCCACCAUGUCAAAACAGGGGUUCAUGUUCUCGACCUCAAGUCUGUGUCUGCCGAUCAGGAUUCCGGGGUUCUAGGUGUGAAGAAGUUGUUCCAGAACAACCAUACAUUCCCCGUGGCCUCUCAUCAAGAUCCUUGCCUUCUCGGUUAUCUGCCUCAAAUUUAAAUGCCAUCCAGCAAAUUGAUGAUAAUGCAAAAAAUAACACCAAAAGAAUGAAACAAAUUUCAUCUAGACGUGAGACUUCAUUAAUUGGUCACACCAAGCACCUUCUUCCACAAACCAAGUAUGGACAGCUUGUUAAUACUCAGCAAUUGACAGGAACAUCACGUAUGGUGAAACACUUAUCAAAUGGAAAUGGACAGCUACUGUCCAAUUCACUAUUUAACAAUGGACAGGCGCAGGUUCAGAACCGAUUUGCUACAAAUGGACAAGUAGUAGCAGAAAAUGAAAAUGCACUACCACGAGGAGCAAAUCUGACAAUGAAUGUAGGAACAAUAAAAAUUGUCUUCACACCGACUAUUUGCAAACGCCAGUGUAGAAAUGGAAAAUGUCACAACAGUUGUAAGAAAGGUGAUCCAACUACACUUUACAGUGAAAAUGGUUAUGGUCCUGUGUCCAAAUCUGGCUUUCGAAUCUAUUUUUGCCAGAUACCAUGUCUGAAUGGAGGGUACUGCAUUGGAAGGGACAAGUGUUGGUGCCCAUCAAACUCAACAGGAAAGUUCUGCCAUCUUCCAGUGCUUCAUAAAAAACAGAUUGUGACAAAGAUGGCACCUGCAGAUUCUUCCAACACACAAUCUGUUUACACACUCCCUCUUUCAAAUCAGCCAGUUGUUAUGCAUCCAUCUCUGGUUAAUAUACACGUGAACCACCCACCAGAGGCCACAGUACAAAUUCAUCAAGUGGCACGAGUGAAGACCCCACCUGACUCUUCACCUCAGAAAAACAUAAAGAAUUCACUGGAGCAACUGUCAGUUCAUUCAGUACAGCAAAGAUCACAACCAAAUAAUAGUGAAAGCAACAGUAGGCAGCCACAGGUGCAUCGUAGACCUAUGACUAUGGGAAGAUGUUUCCAGGAAACGGCUGAUGGUCAGUGUGAAAAACCACUUCCAGGUCUCACAAAGCAGGAUGAUUGUUGCGGGAGCGUGGGAGCAUCAUGGGGUUACCAUAAAUGUACACAAUGUCCUCCAAAACUAGCUCAUCAACAUUUCCAAAAUGGCCAGUUUGAAUGUCCUCUCGGCUAUAAAAAGGUGAACCAGACAUAUUGUCAAGAUAUUAAUGAAUGCCUGAUGACAGGACUGUGUCAAAAUGCUAACUGCCUCAAUACCAGAGGUAGCUACAGAUGUACCUGUAAUCCUGGAUAUAUGUUGGAUACGUCCAGGAGCCACUGCAUCUCGGAUAAGGCAGUUUCUGCGAAGCUGGGACCCUGUUUCAGAUCACUGUACAAUGGAAACUGUUCUCUGCCUCUCUCUCAGCAAAUUGCGAAACAGAUCUGUUGCUGUAGCCGUGUGGGCAAAGCAUGGGGUAAAAACUGUGAAAAAUGUCCACUUCCUGGCUCGGCUGUUUUCAAUGAAAUCUGCCCAGCGGGUCAUGGUUACCAUUACUCUAGGUCUCAUGUCCAGAUCUUGAUGAGACCUGCUGAAGAAGAGGAAAUUUCUCACGUUAUCCUCGAACAGUAUCUUGACAACCAUCAGAGCACUGCCAAAGAUUCCAAGUUAACUUCAAAGGAAGAACAUUAUGUAAACUUAGAAGGAUACGAUACUUCAAUAAAAACUCCUAAGCCUUUUGUCCCAACUCAUGCUCCAAGUGCUGGCAAUGAUCCAGUGGAAGAAGUAGUGAAGACGAGCCCAGCUAUACACGUACAAAUUGUCCCUGAAUAUACUGGUGAACAGGUGGCUUCAGUACUCGCAGAAGAGAUUUAUGAUAGAAAUAUAUGUGAAGUCUCACCGAAUGUUUGUGGUCCAGGAAUUUGCAUCAAUCGACAAGUUGGAUACACAUGUGACUGUGACACAGGUUAUCAGCUGGAUAAUCAGCAAAAUAAGUGUGUAGAUAUUAAUGAAUGCAGGGAAAUCCCACAGCUCUGUAGCUAUGGCCAGUGUGGAAAUACAGCGGGAGGUUAUCGGUGCACUUGUUUGACAGGAUUUGUGUUGAACCGACAAGGAACUGACUGUCUAGAUAUAAAUGAGUGUGAAACAGACGCAUGUGGGGGCAAUGGUCAUUGCAUUAAUAUCCUGGGCACAUACACCUGUUCCUGCUUUACAGGCUAUACGUUAGCCACUUCACAAGACAAGCAAAAUUGCCAAGAUAUCAAUGAAUGUGAACAGGCCAACAUAUGCAAUGGACAUCGUUGCGUCAACAUUCCAGGUUCUUAUGCGUGUGACUGUGAAGAAGGUUAUAUAUUGACCAGACCAGGAAAUUGCAGUGAUAGUAAUGAAUGCUUGAUGCCUGGCAUUUGUACCAAUGGGGGUUGUGUCAACAUGGAAGGAUCUUUCAGAUGCACUUGUAACCAAGGUUUUGAACCUGUGACAGACCAGAAGAACUGCAUUGAUAUCGAUGAAUGUUUGACCCGUGAUGUUUGUUUUAAUGGACUUUGCACAAAUACUGAGGGAUCCUACACGUGUUCAAUCUGCAACCCAGGGUACAGUAAAUCAGAAAACAGACUGGCUUGUGAAGACAUUGAUGAAUGCGAAUCCCUUAAUGCUUGUUUCAAUGGACUUUGUGUAAACACUGAGGGAUCCUACACAUGCUCAAACUGUAGUUCUGGAUACAGUGUAUCAACAACCAGGCAGACAUGUGAAGACAUUGAUGAAUGUGAAUCCCUUGAUGUUUGUUUUAAUGGACUUUGCAUAAACACUGAGGGAUCCUACUCAUGCUCAAUCUGCAAUCCUGGAUAUAGAUUAUCAGAAAACCGGCUGACAUGUGAAGAUAUUAAUGAAUGCUUGACUCAGGACAUUUGUGGUCCGAAUGGCGAAUGUAUAAACAAUGAAGAAGGUUCUUAUUACUGCCUUUGUGCUCAGGGCUAUACCACUACUCCUGAUAGAACAAGCUGUGAAGAUGUGAAUGAAUGCAGUGAGGAGACUAAGUGUUUAGGUGGGACAUGCAUAAAUACAGAUGGAUCCUAUAUGUGUAGAUGUGAAAGAGGGUUCACACAUUUACCUGAAGCAGAACAGUGUACUGACAUUGAUGAAUGCAAUUUAUAUGCCAACGCAAGCCCAUGUGGGAUCUGGAAGUGUGUGAAUACUAUUGGCUCAUUUCAGUGCGUUAUGGCUUGCCAGCCAGGAUUCCAACGUACGGCUAUUGGGAACUGCAUUGACAUUGACGAAUGUGUAAAUGAAACCAUCUGUAGUACUCAUGGGUAUUGUAUAAAUACAGAUGGUUCUUUCCACUGUCUAUGUGAUCAAGGUUUUGAGGUUCCAGUAAGAGGACAAGCAUGCGUUGAUAUUAAUGAAUGUGAGAUGAUGAAUGGAGCCUGCGGAACAGCUCUUUGUGAAAAUUUCGAAGGGUCCUUCUUCUGUGAAUGCAUGGAUGAGGAUGAAUAUUUUGAUCCAGCGAAAAACCAAUGUGUCCCUUAUGAAGCAAUGACAACUGGCCUUCUACCAGACAUGACUGCCGUGUCAGAAUCAUCCAUGAUGCCAGCACAUACUAAAGGAGAUUUGAAGGAAUGCUACUACAAUCUGAAUGAUGAAAACUUCUGUGAUAAUUUGCUGUCACGGAACAUCACCAAAGGGGGAUGUUGUUGCACAGUUGGCGUUGGUUGGGGCGACAACUGCGAAGUUCACCCUUGUCCUUUGGCCAACACAGAGGCGUACAAAGAAAUGUGUCCAGAUGGCAAAGGAUUUAUUCCAUUUCAGAUUGGUUCAUUUUCCUUUGGAUCGCAAAACUUUGGAGAUGCAGAUGAGUGUACAAUGUUUGGCUCCGAGGUCUGCAAGAAUGGACAUUGUGUGAAUACUAGAGGAAGCUAUUCCUGCUAUUGCGAUGCAGGAUCUUACUAUGACAAUGUGAGGUUAGGAUGCACUGACAUCGAUGAGUGUCAGGAUGAAAAUAUGUGUGUGAAUGGAGAAUGUGUCAACACACCAGGAUCAUUUAACUGUUUCUGCAACCCACCACUUAUAUUGCAUGUGACCGGUGAAAAAUGUGUAAAUGGCUCAGAAUCUGGAGUUGACUUCUCAGAAGAUGGAGUUGCACACCUGAACAUAUGCUGGCAAGCAGUGACUGAGGCGUACGUUUGUAGCAAACCUCUGAGGACCAGGUCAACCUACACUGAAUGUUGCUGCAUGUACGGAGUGGCUUGGGGACUAGAUUGUGCAUUCUGUCCCCCCAGAACAUCAAAUGAUUUUGCACAGCUUUGUAAUGUUCCUAGGACAUUUGGAGAUGGAUCAACCGGGCUCUCUGAUAGAUCUGGCUUUGAAUUUGGCCACGAAACACCGUCCCGUGGUGAAGAUUCACAACGUGGAAUUGGAUCCUAUGACAAUUACCUUCGGCCUGAAUAUGGACCAUAUGAUUCUCAAUAUGGAGCAGAAUAUGGACAGGGAGAUCGCUAUUUUGGAUCAAGAUAUGGACAAAGCAAUCCUCAACCCGACUCAGGGUUUGAACUUAGAGACUCACGUCUUACUGCUCAAUAUGGUCCAACAGAUUCCCAACGCGGACUUGAAUACGGUUCAAGAGAAUAUUCACGCAUUCCACAACACCGCCCUCAAGAGCCUCUGAGCAUCCCUUUGUUCAGCAGCAGUGAUAAUGAACGAUCCAGCAGCUUUGAAGGUUUACAAGCAGAGGAGUGUGGAAUUCUGAAUGGUUGUGAAAAUGGCCGAUGUGUGCGAGUGCAGGAAGGAUACACUUGUGAUUGUUUUGAUGGGUUUGAGCUUGAUAUGACAAAAAUGACAUGUGGAGAUAUAAAUGAAUGUGAGGACCUCAGUGACACCAUACCACUCUGCAGGAAUGCAAACUGUGAGAACACAGAGGGAUCAUAUAAAUGCAUCUGUUUACCAGGCUAUAUGCUUUCGCAGAAUUCUAAUGACUGUAUACUGGAAGUGGAAGCAGGACAUCAAUAAGAAUCUCAGCACUGUUCCCCAGGAAGGGAGUCGGAAGCACUUAGUGAUUUAUUUUAAGGGGGAAAUGUUUAUUUUACUUGGGAUUGUCAAUGAUGUCACAGAAGUUUCAGUAAAGCUUCAGUGAUACAUCAAAGCUGUAGGGUGGAAUUGCUCAGCUUCUGUAUAAUUUAUAUCGAUGACUUUUAAAACAAUUCUUGAUUAAAUUGGCAAUGAUUACUUUGAUGUAAGUAAAGUACAGAGAGACAACACAAAGAGCAAGUUGGCUGAGAUUAAGAGUUUGCGAAGCCAUUAUGCUACUUGAAGACACCAUGAAUGGCUUUGAAAUAAUUGAUAUCAAGAUCAUUUUAAGUAUCACAAUUUAGAGUAAAUUAUUUCUGUGAAUAAUCGAGAAGGCUGAACUUCUGCGGAAUCUGGCCAGUGAGCAAACUCUUCAACAAAACACAGCUUUAUAAAAUUGAUCAUUAUUUGGUUCACGUCUCUGUUACUGUGGCUUCCUGUUCAUCAACAUAUUUUUGGAGAGGGGAAGGAAUGGGAACCAAAAAUGGUGAUGAAGGAAGUACAAAUAUACGGGAGGGAUUAACUUUGUAACUCAAAGAUCCACAUUUUACUGCUGUUCGCUGAACUACUGCAAUGUGUAUGGUUUCUAUGGCAAUGUUAUGAAAAUAAACUCUUUAAAUAAUAGACUUUAGCACAAAGACUGUUAAGCUCCUAAAAUACAUAUUAAACCCAUAUUGGAUCAGAUGACAAGCAGGUGGAUUACUGAAAUUCUAGAAAAUUAAUUAACUGCAUCGUAUAAAGUAAUAGAAAUUCUUAAAAUUAAAAUUAUAAUUAAAUUAGGUGAGAUGGAAUUGUUGGAAAUUAAGUUCCAUGUGAUCAGUCUGUAUUUCAAUGGGACACACUGUGAACAUUCAGAUUAAGAGGUAGAACAGAUGGCUAGAUCCUGUCAAACAGUGCUGAUUAGAAGAAUGUACUUUACCCGUCCCAUCAACAGCUGAACAAGAAGCAUGCACUGUCUACAACUCUGCAUGGUUCAGAUUAUCACGGUGUGUUUCAGCUAUUUUUAUUUCUUGUCCUUUAAAUAUUGAAGCUACCUGCAGCAGUCCUCCCAAUCCUACCCCAGUCAACUUAUUUUGAAGUAUGUGUCUGUACAUUCAAUACAAGAAGUGCUUUCCAUUUCCUUACAGUAACCUUACAUUCCAGAGUUUCACAUUGUGGUGAAGGCCAGUUCAGAUAAGGCUCAGCCCAAACAAUCAUGGUUGAUAUCUAAAAUCAUAGCUUACCAACAUUAAAAGGUUUGAGUCUGGAUUUAAUCAGAUUGAAGAUUAUCCCCAAUGGUCACGCCGAAGGUUAGCUUAAAGUGAUUCGACUGCCCAGAUGUUCUAAGAAUAAAUUCUUAUUUCAGAGGAUAAUGUUAAAAACGAUAAUCUUCUGGAUUGCUGAACAAGCACCCAGAAUGGUAUCAUUCUAUUUGAAAAAAUUUCCAUGGCCUCUACUCAGCUGUUCCAGUGCUGAUGAGAUAAGACGUGGACACAUGUUGUUCAAUUUCAGCUGAUGCUGUUGUCCUCAGCACAGUUGAUUAAAUGUACUCCAACGCCUUGUGUUACAUAUUUGUUCUAGCAUUGUAUAAUCAAUUGUUGAUAAAGAAGCAGUCAAAUAAAGUUUCUUUUAGUGCAAUGCAACCAGAGCAAAGUCUAAACCAGAGCAAAGAUCAUAAUUUGAAUCAAUGGAAACCAUACUAUCUGUCCAAUUUUGCAAUUAAAAAUACUUUAUGUAAUAAAUGUAGCCAGAAAUUUGCAACAAAACAGGAUGUAUAUUAUUUUCAGUAAUCUUAAAAUACAUUUUAAUAAAUAAUUCUUUACCUGGCAGUUUUUUUAAAGGAUGCUAUUGUUUAUAAAUGCACUUUAAUUUUAUUAGUAUUAGUUUGCUUUGAAAGAUUACCUCAGCUGCAAUAAAUAUUCACUUUUUUUCUUUAGUUUAUCUCCUGAAAUAGUUGAUUUCCAGGUUUGGCUGUGCCUUCAGGAAUUCUGCCACACAUAAUUAAAGUAGUAAACCUUCAUGUUUUCAAAUGAACACCCGAACCGGAUAUCUCAAUUUGCCUGAUCUUCCCCAACACUUUAAACUUUCAGCAAAUGAUAUCAGAAAUGACAUAAGAAACUCUGCCCAUUUUCUUCUCCUGACUCCUUAAAGCUCAUGUUAAUUGCAGGGUUCUUUAUCCUGAUAUUGGCUGAAGUGAUAUGGAAGAAGGAUUAAAUCUGGAACAAAUGUGGCUCAGCAGCUAACCAAAUAAUCUCACAUUAUUUUUUUUAAUACAAUAAGAAUAUACAUUCAAAUCCACAAACAUAAAUGUGAACAUUUUAUAAGGACUUCCUGUGAUCUAACCUGUACUAAAGCAAAUACAAAUCAACGAUUGAAAAUCUCAAGUAAAGGAAACAUAUAUGAGUAUUUUUUUCUUUGUGUGUGUAUUUUGUUUUUUUUUAACAUAAUGAUAAGCUCUGGUAUAUCUUGUAAAUCAUACUUGCUACUAAAUUUUUUGUAAAGCUAUGACAUCUGAUUACUGUACAUGUUUUGUGGAUACCUUAUCAUUCUCAAAAGCAAAGGAGCAUAUGUUUUGUACAGAGUUAUAUGCAAAAUACAAUGUAUUUAAUGUUUUACGUAAGGUAAAAGCUGGUUAUUUAGCAAUAACAUUGAAACUGUUAGUUUGGACUAUUUCACAAGUCAUCUGGUUAUAAAUUCUAGUAUCUCAUGUUGAUCGUUUAAUGUGUUUGGUGCCUUAUACAUUUUUCAUUCUUCUGAACACUUUUGUAACUUAAAGGUUAUAAAUGCAUUUUCAAUAAUGUGACAUAUAAAUCGCAAAUGCUUUACUCUGUGGAACAGUUCUAUCAACUAAUAUUAGAAAUACAAUAUGCAGUGAUUCAUAAAAUAGCUUAUUGCCAGUCUCUCAAGUGCAGUUGAGCCUGGGUGUUAAAUGCACAAAUCCAUGUCAUACAAAUGAACUUUAAGAGCAACAAAUAGGAAGAAAUGUGGUCAGAGUUGCUUGCACUAAAUGUGCAAAAAUAAUAAUGUAAACUUUCUGAAAUCCUGUCCCAUCACUUAAGUGGUGCCAUAUUUUAUAGAAACAUAGAAAUUAGGUGCAGGAGUAGGCCCUUCGGCCCUUCAAGCCUGCACCGCCAUUCAAUAUGAUCAUGGCUGAUCAUCAUUUUGGAAGUGAAAUAUAGCGCAUUAUUAAGUAUUUAGUGAUCAUCUCCAAGGACAUUUUUUCUCAUACUUGAGACUAAGUGGCAAUUUCCCAACCUUGCACAACUUUAAACUAAUGGGCAGAAAAUUCUGUGACCAUAUGAUUUGUUAUGCUGUCUUAAGAACACAAACAUUAAUAUAGAUAUAGGCCAUAUGAAUAAGAUCAUAGUUGAUUAGUCUUGGCCUCGGCUCCACUUUUCUGCCUAUUCCCCUUGAACCCUUGAUGGCCUGGAGACCAAGAAAUUGACAGGCUUAUCAAUAUAUGCAAUAAGUGAAAUUUACGAGAAAAAACGUGAAGAAGAUCAUCCUUUGAAUAUUAAUUAUAAAUCUUAGUUUGUGAUUGCCUUAGAUUUGACUUUAUUGGUACUUGCAUGUGAUCUCUAAGGACCAGGCGUAAUUAAAAGUAGAGUUACUUACUUUAAUGGUCAUUUCCCAGCCAGUUUCUAUGCUGUAAUUCUUGUAACCUGAGAACUGGCAUUGGUUGAUUUCAAGUAUUUGCAAAUAUUUUCCUGUUGUCACAGCAAACUACAAAUUCUAAUCAAUGUUCUUGUGCCUGUAUUUUUCAAAGAAACAAAAAAAGCUGCUGCAAAGAACUGGUCUUGUUUCCACGUUCUUUCCAGCUCGAGUGAAGUUCUUCCGUCACUUCCUUACAUUUGGAAUCAAAACCAAGGAUUGAUCUGUAUUGUGUGAAAAUUAAUUUGUAGUUCAAGCAAAUAUGUCCGGACCUGAUUUACAAACCAAUAUGCAAUUAAAUAUAGAUGAGCCGAUUAACUCGGUGGGCUGAAGGGCUUGUUUCCAUGCUGUAUCUUUCAAUCAAUCAGAUUUGCUUAGGUAAGAUCUCAGAUGAUGUGCAGGCUAGGAAACGCACUAUACAUCCCAACUGUUUGCUUGCUUAGUUGAUAAGGAAACAUUUGCUGUUGCAGUACCAGAUAUUUCCCCAAGGCUGGUACGGUGAUUCUGCAAGAAAUACUACAGUAUGUGGAAGCACUAGCUACAAACAGUAAUCGAUCGCAUGUGUCUUCUCAUUUGUUGCAAUCAUUAUGUUGAAUGUUCCAUCGCCUAGACAGUGAGUUGGUACUGCCUUUACACCACUUUUCUGACCAGAAGGGUCACCUGUGCCAUUGAGUAUGAAUUUAUCACUUUCAACCUUCGAAAUAAAACUGGUUGUAACUCUA